UCGUACCUGCAGCAGAGAUGGGGGGUCAGGUGUCUGUCGAGGGUGUCCAUGUGGUGGUGGUGGGCGGAGGAUUUGGCGGCAUCGCGGCGGCUCAGGACCUGAAAUAUCGAGGAUUCAGCUUCACUCUGAUCGACAUGAGAGACGCGUUCCAUCACAACGUGGGCGCUCUGCGAGCCUCCGUACAGCCAGGCUUUGCUCAGAAGACCUUCAUCCCGUACGCCACGACGUUUGGCGAGAGCUUCGUUCAGGGUCGAGUGGAGCUCGUCGACACCGACAGACAGAUGGUCAUCCUGGAGGGAGGGAGGGAGAUCCGGUACUCCCACCUCAUCCUGUGCACCGGGACCGACGGGCCGUUCCCCGGGAAGUUCAACGUGGUGGCGCCGUAUCACACGGCCGUUCAGAAGUACGAGAACUUCAUUGAACAGGUUCAGGCUGCAGACUCGGUGUUGGUGGUCGGAGGCGGAUCGACUGGUGUGGAGAUGGCUGCGGAGAUUAAGACAGAGUAUCCUGAUAAGAAGGUGGUUCUGAUCCACUCUAAACUCGCGCUGGCCGACCCGGAGCUCCUGCCCAGUGUCAGACGGGAGGCCCAGCAGGUUCUGGUGGAGAAGGGGGUGGAGCUCGUGCUGGGUCAGAAAGUGAGCAACCUGUCGGAGCUGCCGCUGAACGUGAUGAAGAAGAACACGGAGGUCGUCACGGACAAAGGAGACACGCUGGUCACGGACCUGAUCGUCUGCUGCACCGGGCUCAGGGUCAACUCUGCAGCCUACAGCGCCACCUUCAAGGAAAGCAUGGAUGAAAAUGGGGCCUUGAAGGUCAACGAUCACAUGCAGGUCGAAGGUUUCUCCAACGUCUACGCCGUGGGCGACUGCGCCAACGUCAACGAGCCCAAGAUGGCGUACCACGCUGGCCUCCACGCUGCUGUCGCCGUGAGCAACAUCGCCAACAGUUUGAGCGGGAAGGCGCUGGCGUCGUAUGGCACAGGUAACGUCACCAUGCUGCUGGCGAUGGGCCGAGACGACGGCGUGGGUCAGUACAGCGGGAUCAGGCUGCCGCGCUUCCUCGUCGCCUGGGGAAAAAGUCGAGAUGUGCUGGUGUGGAAGAGCUGGAGGGACAUGAAGCAGAAACAGCCCUGAAACACACACACACACACACACACACACACACACACAC